AUGCAAUUCUCUUCAGCUAUCGUCGCCAUCUUUGGUGCAUCUCUCGCCAUCAUGCCAGUCGUGUUUGGUGCCCCUCAAGGUGGAAUUCUUGGCUCUUGUUAUGCUGGAUGCUUGGUUGAGAAGAAGGGUUUGCUUGGUUGAGAAGAAGGGUUUCGACACUCUUUGUCUCCUCCGUGGACCUUGUGAGGACCGUAAGUCACCAAGUCUUCAUUUCUGGUUUCACCCUAACGUUAUCUAGACUGCGACAAGCUUCUUGCCGCCUGCGAGAAGGACUGUAAGGUAUCCCAUGCCGAAUAA